AUGGCAACCAAAGUGCGUGCAUCAGAGUUGCGUUCAAAACCAGAAGCCGAGCUUCUGAAACAGCUUGGGGAGCUUAAAACUGAACUUGCCAACCAAAGGCUGUUUAGAAUUACUCGUGGCACUGCUUCGAAGCUGAGGAAAAUUCGUGUUCUUCGCAAGUCCAUUGCACGGAUUUAUACUGUUAUGAAUCAGUCGGCUAAGCUCCGCCAGCGCGAAGCUUACCGUGGUAAGCGAUUCGUUCCCAAGGAAUUGCGUCCAAAGAAGACUCGCGCUAUUCGCCGUCGUCUUUCCAAGCGCGAGCGAUCUAUUCACUCCGAAAAGAUGCUCCGUAAAAUCAGGUCCUACCCUGCAAGACAGUUCGCUAUAAUGGCUUGA